UGCUCAUUUCUCAACCCAAAACUUCCUCAACUCAACAACUGCCAUCCCUCCAUUCGCACUCUCGGAAAAGAUCCUACGUCGCUGGUCUCCAAGACUACAAUCCCAAGACUGCUUCUUUGACAAGUGAAAGAAAGCGCCCUCCUCAACUCACACGCUCCCCCCAACGCAGGCACGCGAUAGUACAACCACUUCACUCAGCAGCUCUACCCUCCAAACAUGGCUGCUCGACCAAACAACAUCGGCAUCAAAGCCAUUGAGCUGUACUUCCCCAGCCAGUGUGUCGACCAGGCAGAGCUCGAGAAGUUCGACGGCGUCAGCGCUGGCAAAUACACCAUUGGUCUCGGCCAGACUCGAAUGAGCUUCUGCGAUGACCGUGAAGACAUCUACUCUCUUACCCUCACGACCGUUUCCUCCCUCCUCCGCAAAUACAACAUCGACCCAAAAUCGAUCGGCCGACUCGAGGUUGGCACCGAGACUCUUCUCGACAAGUCCAAAUCCUGCAAGACUGUGUUGAUGCAAUUGUUCGAGCCAUGCGGCAACACCAACAUUGAGGGCGUGGACACCGUCAAUGCCUGCUACGGAGGCACCAAUGCACUUUUCAACACCCUCAACUGGAUGGAGUCGUCGGCCUGGGACGGUCGCAACGCCAUUGUCGUUGCUGGAGACAUUGCGCUGUACAAGAAGGGCAACGCGAGACCGACUGGAGGCGCUGGAUGUGUGGCCAUGCUCAUCGGCCCAGACGCGCCAUUGGUCAUCGAGCCAGGUCUUCGUGGAAGCUUUGUCAAGCACGCCUACGAUUUCUACAAGGCCGAUCUCACCAGCGAAUACCCUCUCGUGGACGGCCAAUACUCCAUCAAGUGCUACACGGAGGCUGUGGACAAGUGCUACGAGGCAUACAACGGACGGGAGAAGACUCUCAAGAGCCAGGCAAAUGGACACUCAAACGGCGUGGACGCAGCACAAGAGGCUCCUCUUGAUCGCUUCGACUACAUGUGCUUCCACGCUCCCACUUGCAAACUCGUUUCCAAGAGCUACGCGAGAUUGCUCUACAAUGAUUACCUUGCGGAUCCGACCAACGAGCUGUUCAAGGAGGUGCCAGCUGAGCUCAAAGAUCUGUCCUACGAGGCGUCGAUUACGGACAAGACGGUGGAGAAGACAUUCAUGGGACUGGCCAAGAAGCGCUUCGCCCAGCGUGUACAGCCAUCGAUCCAGGUUCCGACCAUGUGCGGAAACAUGUACUGCGCUUCGGUCUACGCCUCUCUGGUUUCGCUCAUCUCCAACGUCUCCUCUGCCGAUUUCCAAGGAAAGCGUGUCGGAAUCUUCUCCUACGGAUCUGGUCUCGCUUCAUCGCUCUUCUCGCUCAAGGUCAAGGGCAGCACCGAGGAAAUCACCAAGAACCUCAACCUCCAAGAGAGACUCGACGCACGCCGCGUGGUUGCGCCAGAGGUCUACGACGAGAUGUGCAAUCUCCGCGAGAAGGCACACCUUCAGAAGGACUUCAAGCCAAAGGGCAGCGUCGACACGAUACUGCCAAACACAUACUACCUCACCAACGUGGACGACAUGUUCAGGCGAGAAUACGAGGUCAAGAAGGAGUGAGGGUCAUUGAGUGAAGACCUUGACGGAUGACCAAAGCGCAGGGACAUGUAUAGGGAGUUUUGAAGGAUAAGGCUGUUGCCAGGAUCAAUUGGCACAGCAGAGAGUUUAGAAGGCAAGGC